AUGAGCAAGUGUACACUGUGCAACAACCUGGAGCGGAAGCAUCGCGAGCAUCGAGUCGCUAUAGACUUCCCCGUAUCGGAGCUGGAAAGAUCCGCCGUUGGUGGGUGUCAGCUUUGCUCUCUGCUGCAUGAGGGCAUCUCGCGCUUUUCGUCGCAGAUUGGAAACCUUUCUUGCAUUCAGCAUGUUUAUGCUUGGGGAGAUUCUGUCGAAAAUGCCGAAAAUUUGGAAGUAGAUUUGUAUUUCAAUGAUGCAAGGCCGAACAUGAGAUUACUAUUCUUCGUCGAGCAAAAUUAUAACUCUCCGUGGACUGCGUUCAAGCCUCUACCAAGACUCCAAGGCAACACUGCCUCGGAUGACUCUUUUACUUGGGCCACUCGAGCCCUGAAAAAUUGUGAUGCCAACCACCGAGAGUGCAAAUCUCUUCUGGAUACAGAGCUGCCGACGAGAAUUCUUGACCUUGGGGACACUGCAAAGCCAGUGCAGUUGAGGCUUCUCGAGCCAAAUGGUGAAAAAGCUCGAUACGCCUGCCUUAGCCAUUGCUGGGGAAAGACACAGCAGAUCACGACAAAUAGAGCAAACAUAUCGUCGCGCAAACGGGAAAUCUUGUUUACAUCGCUCCCAAAGACCUUCCAAGACGCCGUCGUUUUUACUCGGAAGCUCGGUCUGCGGUAUCUGUGGAUCGACUCCCUUUGUAUUAUUCAAGACUCAAGCUCGGACUGGAUCAAGGAGUCAGCCAAAAUGGCAUCUGUCUAUCAAAACUCGUUUCUGACUCUCGCUGCGACCAAGUCCGCGGAUAGCCAUGGUGGCUGUUUCUCCACGGACUCAUCCCCUCGUUCCGGCUACCCGCUCAGCCGUGGCGAGAAAACGGUUGGAGUUUACGUCCGAGAGGAGUUUCCACAUUGGGACGUUGUCCAAGGCAGCCGCCUGCUACAAGAAUUUCCCCUCUUGACACGCGGAUGGGCAUACCAGGAACGCCUCCUGGCACCAAGAGUCUUGCACUUUUGCCGGAGUGAGCUCGUAUUGGAAUGUCUGAGAACAACCGUCUGCGAAUGUUCUUGCUUUAAGCCCGCAUCCCUCCCCAAGGUUGAGCAUUUUGCCGCCAUACGAACGAUUCAUUCACACCAAGCAGGGUCCGAAGAAGCCAGACAGCCCUCACUGGCCAGGUCUGCCGGAGAGUCAUUUGGAAGAAGGAGGCGUGUGAUCAACACGAUAUAUUCAUUGUUAGGGCGAUCAAGCGCAGAACCUACCGAUCCUGAUGAGCUGUCGCGGCGGCGGAUGCAGUAUACUAUGGAACAGGAACGUGCUAGAUUGCUCGACAUGGAACGCCAUCAAGAAGCAGCUACCCUUGCAGUAGCUUCUCUAAAACAGAAAUGGCACGAGAUCGUCAGGAUUUAUUCCAACCUCACCUUGUCAGUGGAAACCGACCGUCUCCCUGCUAUUGCUGGAUUGGCGCGGCAGGCACAACGGUGCCGCACCGGGUCAUACCUGGCAGGGUUAUGGCAAGAUUCACUGGCAGAAGACCUGUUGUGGCGAGUAAGCAAGUUCGUCCCUGGAUCUAACAUCCACAGGCCAGCAUAUCGUGCGCCUUCAUGGUCGUGGGCAUCUGUCAACGGCGGAGUCUCCUAUCUGAAAGGCCGAUCGAGCAAUGCCGGAUCCGAUUUCGAUCUCCAAAAGGCAGUUUGUAUCCCAGUACCUGGUGCAGACCAGUUUGGCCAGAUUGCCAACGGUCACUUGGAGGUUAAAUGCACACUUCUGAGAGCCCGGAUACAUUACGUCUUCAGUAGCGAUCGAAAUUCAGCCUCUAUACACUACAAGUUGGUCAUGGGAGAUAAGAUGGUUACACUUUACGCCGAUUACAGCCUCUGCGAGGAGGGGGAAACUCAGGUGAAGGAAGGCGAAGAAGUGUUUUGCUUGAGGGUUUUCCGGGAUGACCAUUCAACUAUCUCGCUGGCACUCCGACAACGGAAAUCCAAUGAAUACGAGCGGAUUGGGAUAGUGGAAUUCCCAGUUGAAAGCUCUAAAGGUGCUCCGGGAGCUUUUAUUGAUACUACUGAGGUCUUUCCUGCUCGGGAGUCGGGGGAGUCUAACCCUACUAUAAUUGUUCUCUACUAA